CAGCGGCGGUGCCACGAGUAGUAGGAGCGGCGGCGGCGGCAGCAGCAGCAGCUUGAGAGCCUGGCAUCCAGACGAGCGCGGAGGCGGCAGCCGCUUGGCAGCCGAGCUCAAGGUGCAAAUUGCCAUCUUCAAAAAGGAAUGCUUGUGCAGACAUACUUCUAACUGGUGUUUGCCCCUCACCAAACUCAGUCAUGGUGAUCAUGUCAGAUUAUACAGCUGUUCCCACCUCAAGCCAAAGUCAGCAAAAGCCUCUUCGGGUUGGAUUUUAUGAUAUUGAGAGGACCUUGGGAAAAGGCAAUUUUGCUGUGGUCAAACUGGCCAGACAUAGAGUAACCAAAACGCAGGUUGCAAUAAAAAUUAUAGACAAAACACGGUUAGAUUCAAGCAAUCUGGAAAAAAUCUAUAGAGAGGUUCAGAUAAUGAAGCUUUUGAAUCACCCCCACAUUAUCAAACUGUAUCAGGUUAUGGAAACAAAGGAUAUGCUUUACAUUGUAACCGAAUUUGCAAAGAAUGGAGAAAUGUUUGAUCACUUGACUACGCAUGGGCACCUGAAUGAGCAUGAAGCUCGGAAGAAGUUCUGGCAGAUACUUUCAGCUGUAGAGUAUUGUCACAGCCAUCACAUAGUGCACAGGGACCUCAAAACAGAGAAUCUACUGUUAGAUGCUAACAUGAAUAUCAAGCUUGCUGACUUUGGGUUUGGAAACUUCUACAAAACUGGUGAACCUCUUUCCACGUGGUGUGGAAGCCCACCUUAUGCAGCUCCAGAAGUUUUUGAAGGAAAGGAAUAUGAAGGCCCUUACCUUGAUAUAUGGAGCCUUGGUGUGGUGCUGUAUGUCCUUGUCUGUGGUUCUCUCCCAUUUGAUGGGCCCAAUUUACCAUCUUUAAGACAAAGGGUGCUGGAAGGACGAUUCCGUAUUCCCUACUUCAUGUCCCAAGAUUGUGAAAUGCUAAUUCGACGGAUGUUGGUUGUGGAUCCUACAAAACGAAUUACAAUUGCUCAAAUAAAGCAGCACAAGUGGAUGCAGGCUGACCCUUCUCUUCACCAGCAGCACUCUUUGUCCUUCUCCAUGCAGAACUAUAAUUCUAACCUAGGAGAUUAUAAUGAACAGGUCCUUGGAAUCAUGCACACUCUUGGCAUUGACAGACAAAGAACUGUUGAGUCUCUACAAAACAGCAGCUACAAUCAUUUUGCUGCAAUUUACUACCUUCUUUUGGAGCGCCUCAAGGAGUACCGUGGCAGUCAAUUGUCCCAUCGCCCAGUAAGCAGUCGUCAGCAAAGACCAAGAAGCUCAGACUUCAGCAACCUUGAGUUGCCUCAGGAUAAAAUUGCCGGCGAGAACUUGAGGUCGUCUCUUCUGUACCAGCAGCCUCUGAAUCUUAUUCAGUCCCCCUUGCAGGCAGAAAUGGAUUGUGACCUGAACAACCCAUUACAGCCAGUGUUUUUCCCCAUGGAUCCAAACUUCAACAGCCUUUUUAGGAACCGCUCAGUCUCUCCAAACAGCCUCCUGGAAACUACAAUCAGUGAGGAAGUAAGGCAGGACAAGGAAUUGGAGGAAGAAAUCAAAGCUUUCAAUCCAAUUUGUUUCCCCAUCAACACAAGUCGAAGACACACACUGGCUGGAGUAACAACUCAUUUUUAUCAGUGCUCUCCACCAUGUAUAGUCAUUUCCUCUUCUGCAAGCACUACAGAAGGAACUAGUUCGGACAGCUGUCUCCCUUCGUCAGCAAAUGAUGGCUCUGAGAUGCUGAGCAACUGUUUGGAAGAUCAGAUGAACCUUGGUCACCCAACCACAGCCAGAGUUACAUCAUCGUUCCUGACUUCCCAUUCAGAUACCCCAGUAUUGCAGACUCAGGGCUGCAGGGGUGGUUCUGCUUUGUUGCCUGUCAGUUUCCAGGAAGGAAGGAGAGCUUCUGAUACCUCAUUAACUCAAGGCCUGAAGGCGUUUCGGCAGCAGCUCCGGAAGAAUGCUAGAGCCAAAGGUUUCCUGGGACUGAAUAAAAUCAAAGGCCUUGCUCGCCAGGUGUGCCAGUCCUCGUCCGCUCGGAUUGCACGGAACAGCGUGGGCCCUUUCCAGCAUUCCCAGCAGAAUGCCUGUGUAUACAGCAGUGGAGGAAACGGCAGCAGCAGCGGCAGUGGUAGAAGUGGCAGAGAGGGAAGGCACUUGCUUGAAGAGGUGCUCCAGCAGCAAAGAAUGCUCCAGUUACAACAUCACCAAUCAACCUGUCACCAGCCUUCUCAGCCACACAACAUCCUCUUGCCUGACUCUUCAAGCAGUAAAACAUCUAAAUCUCUACUCCUGUCUGAACUGCGAAGUGAGAACUCAUUAGAGCUCUCUUUUCAUAACACUCAGUUUCUUCAACCUCACCUUUUUGGAGUUGGUGUCUCUCCAGUAACUUCGGCUGCUCACCUGCUCGAUACCCAUUUGCAUAUUAGUAGCAGUAUAUCUCCAGUUGCCUCCAUGUUUUCUCAACAGAAUAGUUUUACUGUGCAACCUCUGAGCUAUGACACAGUUACUUUACAGCAUGGAGACUGUGAAAUGGAGGACCUUACUUCAAACCAGAUGGGGAAGUUUGUCUUAGUCAAAUGAGAUUUGCUCCUGUUCUCUUGAUCAUCUCUUUCAGGAAAGAGUGAUUCUAUUAUUAAAAUCUACAAAUGAGAAAUUUUAUUUUGCUAAGUGAAUAUCAGAAGCAAUAACAUGUUUGAAGUAUGUGAAGAGGCCAUUCAUAUGAAGAAGUCAUAUAUAUAGAACUGAAAAAGCAAUAUUUGGGCCUUUUGGCUUCAACUAUUCUUGCACUGAACAAAUACAAUGAGAAAACCUUUUCGCUUGGUAGAAACUAAUGAGUGGGGUGGGGGGCAAAGGGGAAAUAAUGGUUUUAUGGUACUGUAUUAAAGUCAGCUCUGCUGUUAUGUAAGACUAGAUGCUUGUUUCUAGUUCUGUUGUAGCAGGGAAAGCCUUUUCAAAGAAGUGGUUAGUGUUACGGUAUUCCAAUUCACUUCACUUGUUUAUGGGUUUGAGAAGAUGAUUACCUCUUAUAAAAAUAACUAUCACAGAAACUCAAAGUAGCAUUAUGCAUUGUAGAAAAAGAAUGCUGAAAGCAUCUCCACUUUUUAAGUUCAUGCUAAUGAAACCAACACCUCAGUUUUUCUUCCCUACUCAGAUGAUUCUAGCUUGAUAAAACUGUGAACGUUUUGUUUAGUAACUCUUGUAGUAGCUAAGAAGAGUUUGUAAUUACUAGAAGCAGUUAACAUUAGAAGCAACACUGGGGAUUUUGUUCCCAGACUACAAAUUGUUUUCCUGUCUUUGUUUCUUCUUAGCAAGAGAAACUUAUGAAUAUAUUAUGUAUCGACAUAGAGUUGCUUGUACAAUGCUUUAGGAAAUACUAGGGUGGAAUGGCAAGAGCUGUUGGGGUGGGAAAUAUAUAAAAAAAAGUUUUGUUUUAUUUUCCUUCUCCAGCCAUGGCAUCACUUUGAGCGUUCCUGCUGGGCAUGACGUUUUAUAGUGCUGUACACAUCUAUUGCUGCUGCUAAUGAAGUUUUUUAUGCAUUUUGCUUUCAGGGUCCAAAUUGAACUGACUUGUUGGGGAAAAGUGCAAUAUUUUAAAAAUAAAACAGUUAUUUUGGCAGUUGAAAGAGUAAGAAAGCACAACAGUCAUUUUUGAACAAACUAGUUAUAAUGGGGAGAACAGCACAACUUUGGAGUUUUGUUUUGUAUCUGAACAGAUUGGUUUUUUAAAAAAUGUAGAUGUUUUUUAUGUGUGGUUUAAUAUACUCUGUUGUAUGCACACAUAUAGGAAUUGGAAAUCAUUACACACACUACUAGAUAGCUUUUUGAAUAAGCUCUUUUUUUAGUUUCAUGAUAUUUGGUCUCUUACCAUAUGGUGGCUUCUGUCUGUAUUGAUGGAAGCCGGGUGUCGUUUGGCACAGGGAAGGUGGUGGCCAUCCUCCGUUAGUGGGUGGAGGAGGAUGGGGAAGUAGUCAAAGGUCAGGAGCAGGCGAGCAUGUAGUGAGCCAUCUUGGCUCCAAGUUACCAUUUGGAUGCCUAAAACUAGCUUCAUUCUGUCUAAUUCUUUAAGGACCCUCUCUCUGAAAGUAACUCGGGUGCCUUCAAGUUGCUACUGCUUUGUGGAACCUGCAGUGUUAUAUAUGUAAAAAAAGAAAAAGUAUUUUUUUAAACAAAUAAGCCAAAGAUCAUCUGUCAGAUGGGAAGAGAGGGCGGCAAGGAGAUAUCUGUUCUAUGGCUUUGUCUGUGACUCUUCAGUUUCCUUCAUUCAUACACAGUAUCUGUAUGUCUGGGACUUUGGUUCCUGCUGCUGCUGCUGCUGCUACUUUGUUUUGUGAGAUCUUCAAGGUGAAGCUAAAUUAUUCUGCCUAAUCUCCUCUGACUGGUGCCUUUCAGCAAAGAAAAAAGUAAGAUAAAAUAGUGUAUGUGAAUGUGCAAGGGGCAGCGUAUGUGUUUUUGGAGGGUGACUUCAAGAAGGGAAUCGAGGUCAUCCCAAGGCAGCAGCAUUGCCUUCAUGUUGAUAAAACAGUUCCAUGUGUUAUUUUAAGAACGGUGGGCUUCUUUCCUUUGGGUCUUUCUCUUUUAUCUGCCAUGGAUCAACAGGCCACAAAAACAAACUCUUUGUUCUAAGCAGUGACAAGCACUUUACUUCUAGAAUCUCUUCCCCAAAUGCUAAAGAAUAUGCUUUCAGUUAUUCGGAGGUAGAAAAAGGUCAUUUUCAACAUUUCAGGGUUUGUGCGUCUCUCUCCUUUUCUUUGUCGUGUUCUUGACAGUACUGUUCGGCAGACUGCAAUGCAAUAGAUUAUUUAAAGACACUAUGUGAUUGGUUCAAUUCAGAUGUAUAGUUUUUAUUUUUUAUCAUGACUGAAAAUCAUUUUGUUUCUUAUGUUAAAAUGAGAGAUGUACACCAAAUAAUUAGUUGUGUUUUAUUUAAUAUUUAAAUAAAAAAGUUGUUUUAAAA